UUUGCUUUCUCAUAUUUUCUCCAUUUUUCUUUCUCUGAAAUUUGUAGCAGGCUGCUCGAUUUUAUCUUAUAUCACUUCAAAAUCCGACAAAUCUUUCUAUAUUACUUCAUCCUUCAGGUUUCUACUCACUUCCUUGCUCCGUUUUAGAUUUCUUCUGUGAACUGAAUGGUUUGGAUCUGUGAGAUUUCGCUUUUCUUUGAACAUCCAGCGUCAAAGAGAAAGAAUAUAUAUACAGAUUCUGCUUCCAUUUAAUUGAUUUUUUCUUCCUUCUAUGUUUCUUUUCUCUCUUUUAUGCCUGGAUGCCGAUGGAUGUAAUUGUAAUUUGCAUGGUUGAGCUUUCAAAUUGUUGUUAUGGCACUUGAAGCUCAUGGAGUUGACUACCCUUCAAGCUCUUCUGGCUCAGCCAAGACAUGGAAGUAUCAUGUGUUCUUGGGUUUUCGAGGAGCAGACACUCGUAAAAGCUUUACAGAUCACUUGUAUUGCACUUUACAACGCAAGGGAAUGAUAGCUUUCAGGGAUGAUGAAGAACUUGAGAGGGGACAAGUUAUUAAACCAAGUCUAUUCCAAGCAAUUGAAGAAUCUCUUUCUGCAAUUGUUGUUCUCUCUCCAAACUAUGCUUCUUCCUCCUGGUGCUUGGAAGAGCUCUCAAAGAUUCUUCAUUUUAAAAAAGAGUUGGGUCUUCAUGUAUUUCCAAUCUUUUACGGUGUCGAUCCGUCUGAUAUUCGACUUCAAAGAGGAAGUUUUGCAAAAGCAUUUAAAAAGCAUGAAGAAAAACUUCCACAAGAUAAGAUGAGGGUACAAAAUUGGAGGGAUGCUUUGAAAGAAGUUGCUGACUUAUCUGGCUGGCAUUCUAUCAAUUGGCAUGAAACAAAACUCAUUGAAGAUAUUAUUGAAAAAUUGUCGUCAAAAAUAUACAAUGAACUUCCAUUUGACUCUGAGAGAUUAGUUGGAAUUGAAUCAAAACUUGCAUGCUUAAAUUCAAUUAUAGAAAAUGGAUUGGAUGAAGUUCGAUUUAUAGGAAUAUGGGGCACUGGUGGUUUAGGUAAAACUACUCUUGCAAGAGCUUUCUAUGAGAGAACGUAUAAAGACUUUGAAAUUCAUUGCUUUUUGUGUAAUGUUAGAGAGGUAUAUGAAAAAGGUGGUUUGAUUGCCUUGGAGAAAAAGCUUCUUUCUUCUUUGUAUAAAAAGGAUGUGGAUGACCAUCAUGAAGGAAGGAUGUUGAUAAAAAACAUGUUAAGCAAUAGGAAAAUUCUUCUUAUCCUUGAUGAUGUGAGUGAUAUAAGCCAACUUGAGAAUUUGGCGGGAAAUCAAGGAUGGUUUGGGAAGGGGAGCUUAAUAAUAAUAACAACAAGAGACAAGCAUUUGUUAUUAUCACAUGGUGUAUCUACUUGGUAUAACAUCAAAUUCUUGAGUGAUGAUGAAUCCCUUGAACUUUUCCAUCAAAUUGCUUUUAAAGGAAGUAAGCCAAGUGAAGAUUUUUUGGAGCUUUCUAAAACUGUGAUUCACUAUGCAAGCGGCCUUCCUUUGGCGCUCAAAGUGUUGGGUUCAUUUCUUUGCGGAAGAAAUACAUUAGAAUGGAGAGAUGCAAUAGCUAAAUUUAAGAAAGUUCCUCCGAAUGACAUCUUGAAGAUACUUAAAGUUAGUUUUGAUGGAUUGGAAGAUGAUGAGAUCAAAACUAUAUUUUUAGAUAUUGCUUGCUUUUUUAAGGGGAUGAACAAAGAUUAUGUCAUGCAAAUCUUACAAAAAUUAGAUUUACAUCCAAUAAUUGGAAUAAAAGUUCUGGUUGAUAAAUCUUUGAUAAUUAUUGAUCAUCUUCACAAUACUUUAUGGGUUCAUGACAUGCUUGGGGAAAUGGCUAAGAACAUUGUUGUUCAACAAUCAUCCCAUGAUGUUGGCAAACGUAAUAGGAUAUGUUCAUUGGAGGAUGCUAAUCAUGUUCUAGAAAGCAAUACGGGGACAGAAGCAAUUCGAGGCAUCGUGUUAAGAUUAGACAAACCAUGUGUCUCCAAUUGGGAUCCUAAAGCCUUCAUAAAGAUGAGUAAUCUCAGAUUACUUAUCAUAAAAAGUGGUUGGCAACGGCAUGCUGAUCCGGCUGGUUAUUUGAAUCUUCCUCGUGGGCUUAAAUUCUUUCCAAGUACAUUAAAAGUGUUAGAAUGGAAGCGAUGCUGUUUAGGUACUUUCCCAGGUCAAGUUCUUAAACAACCACAGGUUUUAGGAAAGCUUAAGCACCUUGAUUUAAGCCAUUCAAAAUAUCUAAUCAAAACACCAAAUUUUGAUGAAAUCCCUGAUCUUGAAAUAGUCAUUCUUGAAGGUUGUGUAAACCUUGUUGAAGUCCAUUCAUCUCUUGGAUGCCAUAAGAAUCUUGCCACACUCAAUUUGAGGGGUUGUAAGAGUAUUGAAACUCUACCAAGAAAGUUAGAGAUGAAAUGCCUAAAGACUCUUGUACUCUCAGGCUGUUCAAAAAUCAAACGACUUCCUGAAUUUGGGAAAAGCAUGGAGUGUCUAUCCCAACUUGAUGUGGAGGAGACUGGUAUCACAAAACUACCUCAAUCACUUGUCAAUUUGACUACUCUUGCUGUUUUAAAUCUUAUGGAUUGCAAAAGUCUGGUAUACCUUCCCAAUGUGAUUCAAUAUAUGAAGUCUAUUAGAAUUCUCAAUUUUUCUGGUUGCUCAAAACUUUCAAGUCUUCUAGAGGUUUCGACUGAAAAUGUGACUUUAGAAGCGCUUGAUGCUAGUGGAACUGCUAUCAAGGAAGUGCCUUCCUCAAUUUGUCAGUUGACAAAUUUGAAAUCACUAUCUUUUAGUGGAUGCACUGGACAAGAACAAUCAUCCUCACAAAAUUUCUUUUCCAAUUUUAGUUGGUUCCCUAGGAUUACAAGGCCUUCAAUAUCCACUGGGUUAUUGCUGCCCGCUUCUUUACCAAGUUUAUCAUCAUUAACAAACUUAGAUUUAAGUUAUUGCAAUCUCUGUGAUGAGUCCCUUCCUAAUGAUUUUAAUGCAUUGUCAUCGUUGGAGGUGCUUGAUCUACGUGGAAACAAUUUUGUUAACCUACCUAGUGGCUUUAUCUCUAAUCUUUUAAGUCUCUGGGGCGUUUUCUUAAGUCAUUGUCCAAGGCUUCAGUCAUUGCCACGACUUCCACCAAAUAUAUGUAAGACAGAUGCGGCUGAUUGUCCUUUAGUGACACCUAAACUUGGUCUACAACAGCUGUGGGAAUUGCUUGAACAAUUUGAAGAUAAGGAUGGCUUCAUGUCAAAAUGGUGGUUCUUUUUACAGAUUCCAGGAAGUGAAGUGCCAUCAUGGUUUUAUAAUCAAAAUUACUUCCAUGACAAGACUUCUCGUUUUAAAUCAAAUGUGUCAUUGAUAGCGGAUAUAGAUGAUCAAUGCCUUUCAAGUAAAUGGUGUGGAAUAGCUGUAUGCUUAGUUGUAGAAAGACGUCAUUAUCCACCUCUUAAAAAUUGUUAUAUUGAAGUAUUGGUUUGGGAAUGUGAAUUUCCUUGGCGGUGUGGGAAGCUUAUUUUGAGUUUCGGCAUAACAGCCAACUCAUUUUAUUAUUCAUUCCAUGCUUUGAUAAGGGAAAACAUCAAUUUUCUUUUAAUGUUGGAGAUCGGCUAA